GAGGUAGAAAUUCUACCUCCAUUGCUUUAACUCUCUUCCGUUUCUAGUAUCUUUGACACACGCUUGGUUCGUAAACAAAACGGUAUGUGUGUGAUGUGAAGGUUUUUUGCGGUGUUGUGUGGACUUGUGACGUAGUGAUAUUGUUGUUAUUGCUAAAUGUAGCUUUAUUACAUUAACUGUGACAGUCAGAAUAAAAUCAUCAAGAUGGAAGUGAAAAGGAAAGCUGAAGACAUGGCAUUGGUGCCAGAUUCAAAACGAUCUAAAAGUGAACUAGUGUCGAGUAAAGGUACCAGCAUGGUACCAAGUGACAUUCCGAGAACAUCGAGUUUGUUUGCGCCUAUUAUGUUGCUGGAGGGACAUCAGGGAGAAAUUUUCUCGGUAGAGUUUCACCCGGAGGGCCAAUAUCUGGCUUCUGCUGGCUUUGAUCGGCAGAUCUUUUUAUGGAAAGUUUAUGGAGAAUGUGAGAAUAUUUCUCUUAUGGCUGGACAUACAGGAGCAAUAAUGGAGGUCCACUUUUCUACAGAUGGAAAUACACUUUAUACUGCAAGUACAGAUUGCACAGUGGGAGUUUGGGACAUUGAAAGUGGCGUUCGCACAAAGAAACUCAAAGGUCAUUCUACGUUUGUAAAUUCGUGCCAUUCUGCAAGGCGUGGACCAGCUUUGGUUUGUAGCGGUUCCGACGAUUGCACUGUAAAAGUAUGGGAUCCCCGAAAACGUGGUCAGUGUACAACACUCACAAACCAAUAUCAGAUAACAGCAGUUACAUUCAGUGAUACAGCAGAACAAGUUCUGUGCACCGGGCUAGACAAUGAUAUCAAAGUCUGGGAUUUGAGGAAGAACUCAGUGCUGUAUAAACUCAAAGGGCACACAGAUACUGUCACCGGUCUGUCACUCUCACCAGACGGCUCCUAUGUUUUAUCGAAUUCAAUGGAUAAUACAGUUCGCAUAUGGGAUGUGCGUCCUUUUGCUCCCCAAGAACGUUGUGUGAAAAUUUUAUCGGGGCACCAACAUAAUUUUGAAAAGAAUCUUCUGCGCUGUGCUUGGUCCCCAGAUGGAUCAAAAGUGUCUGCCGGCUCAGCUGAUCGUUAUGUUUAUAUAUGGGAUACAACAUCGAGAAGAAUUUUGUAUAAACUUCCAGGACAUAAUGGCAGUGUAAAUGACGUAGAUUUUCAUCCCAAAGAACCGAUAAUUCUUUCUGGCGCAAGUGAUAAAAUGAUAUAUCUGGGAGAAAUCGAAUGAAUUGUAUUACAUUACUUAUUAUCUGCUAGGCAUUUUUCUUUUUAAUACUAGAAAAGCUCUGUUAUUGUCCAACUGACUCAAUAUAAUUUUCCUUAUAUGAAGUACAAGUUCACCAAUGGUGCACUCAAGCUGGCCCAGAUAGUUUAUUACUAUUGUAAAUAUUAUUAGAACUCAAGAUUGAAGAUUAAUUGGUGGACUAGUGUUUAGUUGUGUAAUGAAGUGCUCUACAAUAUGUGCUGAGCAAUCCACUGACUUUCAUGGACGGUGCAAAGGUCUGUGUGUGUGACAAGUGUGAAUCUGUCUAAUAUUGAUAUGAAACAGAGUAAUAAAAAUGUUUCAUUAGCUA